AUGCCCCAAAUUAAAUCUAACAAGCGAACUCUUAGGAUACAAAAUUUUGAUCAAUUUGGGUUCAAGAUUAAAACCAUUGUGCUAAGAAAAAAUAAAAUUGCUGCAAGACUUUUCUUUUUAAAAUUAACAGAUUUUGAUAGUAGCAAUACUGGUACUGAAAUACCUGAAAAUAUUACUAUCAAAGAUUAUACUGGCCAAAUCGAAGAAUUAAAUUUCAAAUCUAAAAUGAAAAAACAUUUAUAUCAUCCGUAUUUAUCAAAAUUUUAUAAAUUUAAUAGGGAAAUGUUUAAAGAUGGAACUUUUUCAAUGAGCAAGAGUCAACGAACUGGACGUCGUAUUUUUAAACUUGGACAAAUUAUUAAUAUUCCAAAAAAAUAUAGAAUUAAAGAUAUACAUGCCGGAGAUAUGUAUAAAUCACAUGAAUUUGAUAGAAUUUCUUGUUUUAUUUUAUCAAAUUAUUUAAAUGAUUUUCAACUAUGUAUCAAAAAUCAAGAAACGAAAGAGUGGGAAGCGAUUUUUUGGUUUGAUAAGAUGGACACCUUUUCUGUAAAUCAUAGUUCUGAGAUUGUGGGUAUUAAUCGUAAUAAGCAUCUUGAGUUGUAUUCGAGAAUUAAUGAUAGUAUUCAAAAAACGAUUAUUGAUGUAGAGACUCAAGAGCAACUUGAUUUAGUUUCUCGAUAA